AUGGUAACUCUUCAAAGAACCACUUGUGGUGCCCCAGAUCCUAAUAGGGUGGUCCUGUCAGAGCUCUACGCCACCGGCUUCCAGCGUUCGUUCUCUGACGACGACGAUCUGACCAGCGUUGCGGAGAGCGAUGUGGUCUAUGCCUUCCAGGCUCCGCCCCUCCACACACGGGGAGGCUCCACGCGAAUCUUGGGCUUCCACCACAGCCUCCCAUCCUCGCCGUACACCUCUGGGCCAGAGGGUAAAAGGUUACCCCCAUCGACCACUCUGUCCUCAGAGUUUCUGAACCACGGUGGUUCCACCAAGGUCCUCCUCGUAAUCUGCAACACGGCAGGCUCUGGCCAGCAGGCUGUCAGGUUCGGCCCUCCCUUCCUCAUGAGAGAGGAGCGUACCCUGUCCUGGAUCAGCUCCAGCAGAGUAUCCUCAGCAAGCUCUAUUACCUGAUGCUGAACGGAUCACAGGCUCAGAAUGCAUUGUCGCUGUUCAAGAUCAGAGUGGUGGGAGGGUCUGCCUCCUACAGCUACCUGUCCCCACAAGAUGGACGCCCUCUCUUCCACCCUGCCGU